ACGGGAAAAAGGUGGCUUUGGCCCGGGUGGCUCGGCUUCCUGGGGCUAUGUAGCUGGGCUCGCCGCCUCGCGGUUCUCCUUCGCCGCCCUCGCCGCGUCCUGACGCGGAGUUUCUGCUCGGUAGAGGCUGUCCUCGCGCCCGCCGCUCUCUCUUGACAGCAGAACCUGCUUGCUCGCCCGUGGGAGCGUCCCGGCCGAGCAGCCCUGAGGGGGAGGGGAGGCCAUUUUGUCCCGACCGACUCCCCGGAACCGGGCGGAGCGGCUGGGAGAGGCUGCGGAUCCGCCGUCGCCGUCCUCGGAGGCACCAGGGGCUGCCACUGUCUGGGCUUCCUCGACAAGGCUAUUUGUAGGUCGCCCGCGCCCUCUCGAACCCUCCUUUUUCCCACGCUUCCCCGGUCCUCCGGCCCGAGAACGCCCGGGUGAGGAGUUGGCCGUAGUGCGAGGGACCGAUCCCUUGGGGCCGCCGGCGGCCAGAGCCUGAGCCGCUCCUCCCAAUGGCGAAGAAGACGUACGACCUGCUUUUCAAGCUGCUCCUGAUCGGGGACUCGGGAGUGGGGAAGACCUGCGUCCUUUUUCGCUUUUCUGAUGAUGCCUUCAAUACCACCUUCAUUUCCACCAUAGGAAUAGACUUUAAGAUCAAAACAGUUGAAUUACAAGGAAAGAAGAUCAAGCUACAGAUUUGGGAUACGGCAGGCCAAGAGCGAUUUCACACCAUCACAACCUCCUACUACAGAGGAGCAAUGGGUAUCAUGCUAGUAUAUGACAUCACCAAUGGUAAAAGCUUCGAAAACAUCAGCAAAUGGCUUAGAAACAUAGAUGAGCAUGCCAAUGAAGAUGUGGAAAGAAUGUUACUAGGAAACAAGUGUGAUAUGGAUGAUAAAAGAGUUGUACCUAAAGGAAAAGGAGAACAGAUUGCAAAGGAGCAUGGUAUUAGAUUUUUUGAGACUAGUGCAAAAGCAAAUAUAAACAUUGAAAAGGCGUUUCUCACACUAGCUGAAGAUAUCCUUCGAAAAACCCCCGUAAAAGAGCCCAACAGUGAAAAUGUAGAUAUCAGCAGUGGAGGCGGCGUCACGGGCUGGAAGAGCAAAUGUUGCUGAGCGUUCUCCUGUUCCAUCCGUUGCCAUCCACCACCUGUUUCUCUUUUCGCUGCAAAUAAACCACUCUGUCCAUUUUUAACUCUAAACAGAUACUUUUGUUCCUCAUCCUAACUAUCCCGUCCUCCUAUUCUAUUUGUUCUUUCAUCUGUGACUGCUUGCUGACUUUAUUAUUAUAAUUUUUCUUCAAACAAAAAAAUGUAUAGAGAAAUCAUGUCUGUGACUCAUUUUAAAUGUACUUGCUCAGCUCACCACUGCAUUUCAGUUGUAUUAUAGUCCAGUUCUUAUCAACAUUAAAACGUAUAGCAAUCAUUUUAAUUCUAUUCUGCAAAUUGUAUAAGAAUAAAAGUUAGAAUUAACAAUUUUAUUUUGUACAACAGUGGAAUUUUCUGUCAUGGAUAAUGUGCUUGAGUCUCUAAUCUAUAGAUGUGAUAGCAAAAGAAACAAACAGAAGCCAGGAAAACACUCAUUUUCGCCUCGAAUAUGUAAAUGGGGUUAAUUUUGUCCUGUGCCUUAUGUGGAAAGGAACUUACUUGGUUUUUCCUUUUUCGUUUUGGUGGAAGCAUGUGCAGGAGACAUAUCAUCCAAACAUAACCCGUUAAAAUAUUUGUGGUUUGCUUGGCUGUAAUUUUCAUAGUCGUUAACUGAGGACAAAGCGUAAUGCAGACAUGAUAGCUUUGGUUUGCUGACUCUUGUGUUCAGUGGCCUUGACACUUCCGACUGUUCGCCCGCCAGUUCUCCGUGGCCGCUUUCUCCGCGUGGCUCAUCUCCUGCAUGCCCCUUUAUUUGCUUCUCCUUCCCACCACCUUGCGGUGUGAGUUAUUUAGAAAUGAAAGGGGCAAACUAGUAGGUUUGUCAGGUUUAACAUAAAGCACUGAUGUAACUUGCUUAAGUAAACUAAAAGACAGAUUCUAACUACCUGCUGUCCACGUCAGUUAAUUGAUGUCUUCCCUCAUUACUCUCUUCCAAAAACCUGUGCCCUGAUCCUUUAUUCUGUUUUGACUCUGUGUUCUUCCCUUUGUUCUCUUGCUAUCUAUCCAUCGAGUUUAUGAAAUGGAAGAGCUAAUUGCAUGCACUAGUGUUCGGAGGGUAUUGUGGUUUGUCUUUCUAAUUAGGUGUGUAUCCUCUUCACUUUCCUAGAAUAAGUCUCUUACCCUAAAUUUGAGUAGUCUCCAUUUUGGCAACUCCUCUGUCAGUCAGGUAGCCCAGUGAAGACUGUUUAAAUUUAAAAACAAAACAGGAAGGAGGAUUGGAUUUUGUUAACAUGUUUGCCAAAUGUAGUGAGAUUUGGCCUCUGAAGAACACUUUUUCAGUGUUGUCUUUACCUUAAGAUUUAGAGAUACUUCAAAAUAUUACUAAUUUUAAGUACUAUCUUGACAUCCUCUUGGGAAACUUGUAUUACCAUGGAUUUAGAAGGACAAGAAAGAUCUCUAGCUGUUUCUAGCCCUGUCCUUCGCUUCGUCUUUCUAGUUUUGCUUCAUUGCUUAUCACUAGGAUAGGGUAGGUUAAGUUUGCUAUGCUGCUAGCAUCCUAAGAUGAUACCUUUGUUGAAAUAAUUGUGAAUAGCAUGAUUCAUUUCGAGCAGAGGCUGAGUUUAGGACAGCAGCUUCCAUUGAAAAGUCUCUCUGUGUUGUGACACACAUUUUAAUGACCUCUUGGCUCACAUAAACACCACAGGGACAUAUGUGGUAUGAAAAUCCACGAAUUUUUCAGAUAGUGCCCUAAAAAUUUUAUAUGCCUCACUGGUGGUUGUUGUUCUUAGGUCUUUCCUUCACUUGACUUUAUCAUUGUUUACUAGUAAAAAGCAGCAUUGCCAAAUAAUUGCUAAUUUUCCACUAAAAAAAUGAAAGCUUUUUGUUAAGUUUUAGGUUAAAUCUACUGUGGUUAAUGUAUUUGUUGCUACCCUUUAUCUGGAAUAUGGCAGUAUCUCUUUUUUUAACUUUUAACCCUCUUUAAUCCUUAUUCAAUUCAGUGACUUAAGGUUUGAGAGCUAAACACUGGGAUUUUUAGGUAACAGACUGACAGUUUUCUUGUUUGCAUAAUUAUAAUCGGCAUUGUACAUAGAAAGGAUAUGGCUACCUUUUGUUAAAUCUGCACUUUCUAAAUAUCAAAAAAGGGAAAUGGAGUAUAAAUCAAUUUUUGUAUCAUCUGUUUAAAACAUGAAUUUUAUUUGCUUAAUAGUAGGGCUUUGCCCCGUUUCUGUAAGUCUCGGGAUCCUAUGUAGACGCUGUUCUCAUUAAACACCAAACAGUUUGAGUCCAUUCUCUGGUACUAGCUACGAAUUCGGUUUCAUAUAUCCUUAACAAUUUAAAUAAACGGAAAUAUUUCUAGAUGGUCUACUUCUAUUCAUAUAAAAACAAAACUUGAUUUCCAA